UCCUCUUUUGGGUGUUAUUGCCCGUUUCCCGGUGCCGGACGCGGUAGAAGCUAGCGAGAGUGCCAGGUCCUGGGUUCUCUGUGUCCUUCUCCGGGGCAGGGACGAGGCAGUGACCUGACUCUUGGGCGCCGAGCCCGGGAGGGAGCGCAGGAGGCCGCUUUCCCUCCUGUCCGGCUUACCUCACCCUACUCUCCUUCUUCCCCACCCGCGGCCGCCUGGACGACUCCGGACUGACUGCCUGGGACACGGGUGGCAGUCUCGGCAGUUGGGGCUGUGGCGAGGCCGCGGCCCUCGGGGCGGCGGUAGCGGCGUCAGCGCUGGGGAGAAGGAGAGAAGAUGGCGUCGGAGCUGGAGCCCGAGGUGCAGGCCAUCGACCGGAGUUUGCUGGAAUGUUCGGCUGAGGAGACCGCGGGGAAAUGGCUGCAAGCAACUGACCUCACUAGAGAAGUGUACCAGCAUUUAGCCCACUAUGUACCCCAAAUCUACUGCAGGGGUCCUAACCCUUUUCCACAGAAGGAGGACAUGCUGGCACAGCAUGUUUUGUUGGGACCAAUGGAAUGGUACCUUUGUGGUGAAGAUCCUGCAUUUGGAUUUCCAAAACUUGAACAAGCAAACAAACCGUCUCAUCUUUGUGGUCGUGUUUUUAAAGUAGGAGAGCCUACAUACUCUUGCAGAGACUGUGCAGUUGAUCCAACUUGUGUUUUAUGCAUGGAGUGCUUUUUGGGAAGUAUUCACAGAGACCAUCGAUAUAGGAUGACAACAUCAGGAGGUGGAGGUUUCUGUGACUGUGGUGAUACUGAAGCUUGGAAAGAGGGUCCUUACUGUCAAAAACAUGAACUUAACACCUCUGAAAUUGAGGAAGAAGAGGAUCCUCUUGUGCAUUUAUCAGAAGAUGUGAUAGCAAGAACCUACAACAUUUUUGCUAUUAUGUUUCGAUAUGCAGUAGAGAUACUAACCUGGGAAAAAGAAAGUGAAUUGCCAGCAGAUUUAGAGAUAAUAGAGAAGAGGGAUACCUACUAUUGCAUGCUGUUCAAUGAUGAGGUGCAUACCUAUGAACAAGUUAUUUAUACCCUUCAGAAAGCUGUUAACUGUACACAAAAAGAAGCCAUUGGCUUUGCAACUACAGUAGAUCGAGAUGGACGUAGGUCUGUUCGAUAUGGAGAUUUCCAGUAUUGUGAACAAGCAAAAUCAGUAAUUGUGAGAAAUACCAGUAGACAGACAAAACCACUCAAAGUUCAAGUUAUGCAUUCGUCUAUUGUCGCACAUCAGAAUUUUGGUUUGAAACUUUUGUCGUGGCUGGGAAGUAUUAUUGGAUAUUCAGAUGGGCUUCGCCGAAUUUUAUGUCAAGUUGGUUUACAAGAAGGGCCAGAUGGUGAAAACUCUUCUUUAGUGGACAGAUUGAUGCUUAAUGAUUCCAAAUUGUGGAAAGGUGCUAGGAGUGUGUAUCAUCAGUUGUUUAUGAGCAGUCUACUUAUGGAUUUGAAAUACAAGAAAUUGUUUGCUGUUCGAUUUGCAAAGAACUAUGAGCGUUUGCAGAGUGAUUAUGUGACAGAUGACCACGACAGAGAGUUUUCAAUCGCAGACCUCUCGGUUCAGAUAUUCACGGUUCCUUCACUUGCUCGGAUGCUUAUCACAGAAGAAAACCUGAUGACCAUCAUCAUUAAGACUUUUAUGGAUCAUUUGAGACAUCGAGAUGCCCAGGGGAGAUUUCAGUUUGAACGAUAUACUGCUUUACAAGCCUUCAAGUUUAGGAGAGUUCAGAGCCUUAUUUUAGAUCUCAAGUAUGUGUUAAUUAGCAAACCAACUGAGUGGUCAGAUGAUCUGAGGCAGAAGUUCCUAGAAGGAUUUGAUGCCUUUUUGGAAUUACUCAAAUGUAUGCAGGGAAUGGAUCCAAUUACACGUCAAGUAGGACAGCAUAUUGAAAUGGAACCAGAAUGGGAGGCAGCCUUCACGCUACAAAUGAAAUUAACACAUGUCAUUUCAAUGAUGCAGGACUGGUGUGCUUUAGACGAAAAAGUGUUAAUUGAAGCUUACAAGAAAUGCCUUGCUGUAUUGAUGCAGUGUCAUGGUGGUUUCACUGAUGGUGAACAACCAAUCACGUUAAGCAUUUGUGGACAUUCAGUGGAAACUAUCAGAUACUGUGUUUCUCAAGAAAAAGUUAGCAUUCACCUCCCAGUUUCUCGCUUACUUGCAGGUUUACAUGUAUUAUUAAGCAAAAGUGAAGUCGCAUAUAAAUUUCCAGAGCUCCUUCCUCUAAGUGAACUUAGCCCACCCAUGUUGAUAGAACACCCUCUUAGAUGCCUUGUUUUAUGUGCCCAAGUACAUGCAGGCAUGUGGAGAAGAAAUGGGUUCUCUCUAGUAAACCAGAUUUAUUACUACCAUAAUGUGAAAUGCAGACGUGAAAUGUUUGACAAGGAUAUAGUAAUGCUUCAGACAGGUGUCUCCAUGAUGGAUCCAAAUCAUUUCCUGAUGAUAAUGCUCAGCCGCUUUGAACUUUAUCAGAUUUUCAGUACUCCAGACUAUGGAAAAAGAUUUAGCUCUGAGAUUACCCAUAAGGAUGUAGUUCAGCAAAACAACACUCUAAUAGAAGAAAUGCUCUACCUCAUUAUAAUGCUUGUUGGAGAGAGAUUUAGUCCUGGAGUUGGACAGGUAAAUGCUACAGAUGAAAUUAAGCGAGAGAUUAUCCAUCAAUUAAGCAUCAAACCUAUGGCUCAUAGUGAAUUGGUGAAGUCUUUACCUGAAGAUGAGAACAAGGAGACUGGCAUGGAAAGUGUAAUUGAAGCAGUUGCCCAUUUCAGAAAACCUGGAUUAACAGGACGAGGCAUGUACGAACUGAAACCAGAGUGUGCCAAAGAUUUCAAUUUGUAUUUCUAUCACUUUUCAAGGGCAGAGCAGUCCAAGGCAGAGGAAGCUCAACGGAAAUUGAAAAGACACAACAGGGAAGAUACAGCACUUCCACCUCCAGUUUUGCCUCCAUUCUGCCCUCUAUUUGCAAGUCUGGUAAACAUUUUGCAGUCAGAUGUGAUGUUGUGCAUCAUGAGGACAGUCCUGCAGUGGGCUGUAGAACAUAACGGAUAUGCCUGGUCUGAGUCCAUGCUGCAAAGGGUGUUACAUUUAAUUGGAAUGGCACUACAAGAAGAAAAACAGCAUUUAGACAGUGUCACGGAAGAGCAUGUAGUAACAUUUACCUUCACUCAGAAGAUAUCAAAACCUGGUGAAGCACCAAACAACUCCCCUAGCAUACUAGCUAUGCUGGAAACACUACAGAACGCUCCCUACCUAGAUGUCCACAAAGAUAUGAUUAGGUGGAUAUUAAAGACUUUUAACACUAUUAAGAAGAUAAGAGAGAGUUCAUCCGCCAGUCCCGUGGCAGAGACUGAAGGAACCAUAAUGGAAGAGAGUUCAAGAGACAAAGACAAAGCUGAGAGGAAGAGAAAAGCUGAGAUUGCCAGACUGCGCAGAGAAAAGAUCAUGGCCCAGAUGUCUGAGAUGCAGCGGCACUUUAUUGAUGAGAACAAAGAACUCUUUCAGCAGACGUUAGAACUGGAUGCCUCUACCUCUGCUGUUCUUGAUAAUAGUCCAGUGGUUUCAGAUAUGGCACUUACAGCAUUGGGCCCAGCACAAACUCAGGUCCCUGAACAGAGACAGUUUGUUACCUGUAUAUUGUGUCAAGAGGAGCAAGAGGUGAAGGUGGAGAGCAAGGCAAUGGUUCUGGCAGCAUUUGUUCAAAGAUCAACUGUAUUAUCAAAAAACAGGAGUAAAUUCAUUCAGGAUCCAGAAAAAUAUGAUCCAUUAUUCAUGCACCCUGAUCUGUCUUGCGGAACACACACUGGUAGCUGUGGGCACAUUAUGCAUGCCCAUUGUUGGCAAAGGUAUUUUGAUUCCGUUCAAGCUAAAGAACAGCGAAGGCAACAGAGAUUGCGCUUACAUACCAGCUACGAUGUGGAAAAUGGAGAAUUCCUUUGUCCCCUCUGUGAGUGCUUGAGUAAUACUGUAAUUCCUCUACUGCUUCCUCCACGAAAUAUUUUUAACAGCAGGUUAAAUAUUUCAGACCAACCAAAACUGACUCAGUGGAUUAGAACAAUCUCUCAGCAAAUAAAAGCAUUACAGGUUCUUAGGAAAGAAGAAAGUACUCCUAAUACUGCUUCUUCAAAGAAUUCAGAAAAUAUGGAUGAAUUGCAGCUCCCUGAAGGGUUUAGGCCUGAUUUUCAUCCUAAGAACCCUUAUUCUGAGAGCAUAAAAGAAAUGCUAACAACAUUUGGAACUGCUACUUAUAAGGUGGGACUAAAGGUUCAUCCCAAUGAGGAGGAUCCCCGUGUGCCUAUAAUGUGUUGGGGUAGUUGUGCAUACACCAUCCAAAGCGUAGAAAGAAUUUUAAGUGAUGAAGAUAAACCAUUAUUUGGUCCUUUGCCUUGCAGACUGGAUGACUGUCUGAGGUCACUAACGAGAUUUGCUGCAGCACAUUGGACGGUGGCAUCGCUUUCAGUGGUGCAAGGACACUUCCGUAAACUUUUUGCAUCAUUAGUACCAGAUGACAACCAUGGAGACCUUCCAUGCAUAUUAGAUAUUGACAUGUUUCAUUUGUUGGUGGGCUUGGUGCUCGCUUCCCCUGCGUUGCAGUGUCAGGAUUUUUCUGGGAUCAGCCUUGGCACUGGAGACCUUCACAUUUUCCAUCUGGUUACUAUGGCACAUGUCGUACAGAUCUUACUUACCUCAUGUACAGAAGAGAAUGGCAUGGAUCAAGAAAAUCCUGCUGGUGAAGAAGAAUUAGCAGUUCUUGCUUUGUAUAAAACACUUCAGCAGUACACAGGAAGUUCCUUGAAAGAAACACCAUCUGGCUGGCAUCUGUGGAGGAAUGUCAGAAAUGGAAUCAUGCCUUUCCUGAAGUGUUCUGCUUUGUUUUUUCACUACUUAAAUGGAGUUCCCUCCCCACCUGAAAUUCAAGUUUCUGGAACAAGCCAUUUUGAACAUUUGUGUAACUACCUUUCCCUGCCAAACAACCUCAUUUGCCUUUUUCAAGAAAAUAAUGAGAUAACAAAAUUACUGAUUGAAAGUUGGUGUCAUAACAUUGAAGUUAAAAGAUAUCUAGAAGGUGAAAGAGAUGCUAUAAGCUAUCCAAGAGAAUCCAACAAAUUAAUAGACCUUCCAGAGGAUUACAGCAGCCUCAUUAAUCAAGCAUCUAAUUUCUCGUGCCCCAAAUCAGGUGGUGAUAAGAGCAGAGCCCCCACUCUGUGCCUUGUGUGUGGAACUCUGCUGUGCUCGCAGAGCUACUGCUGUCAGACUGAACUGGAAGGGGAAGACGUGGGAGCCUGCACAGCUCACACCUACUCCUGUGGUUCUGGGGUGGGCAUCUUCCUCAGAGUGCGGGAAUGUCAGGUGCUAUUUUUAGCUGGCAAAACCAAAGGCUGUUUUUAUUCUCCUCCUUACCUUGAUGACUAUGGGGAGACUGACCAAGGACUCAGACGGGGAAAUCCUUUACAUUUGUGCAAAGAGCGAUUUAAGAAGAUUCAGAAGCUUUGGCACCAGCACAGUAUCACGGAGGAAAUUGGACAUGCACAGGAAGCAAAUCAGACACUGGUUGGCAUUGACUGGCAACAUUUAUAAUUACUUCACUACCAAAAACAUAAACUUGGAUUUUUGUAACCCAGUUGGCUUUUCAAGAAAGAAUAGGAAAUAAAUUCUCUAUUUAAGCUUUUCUUCCCAGUUUUGUUUUCAUAGUUUCUGGGGGACUCGUGAAAAUCAUCUCCCAUCAGUGGAUUUUCUUGCACCAUUUGCUGUGCCCCUCAAACGUAACUGCUUGAGUUUUAGGAUCCAGUGAGGAGCUUCUCUUCCCAGGCUGAGCACAGCCCCUUUGUGGGCAUCUGACUAUGUUUGACCGUUCCCAGUAGUCUGAGCCAUGUUACGUACGUUACUGAUCACAAGGAACUCCAGGCCUGAAGCCGAUUCGACAGCAGCAGGAAACAGUGUCUGUGGUCUGCUGGAGUCACACUUCCUGGUCCCUUUCAAUGACUCUCAACACUGGGACUGGGUUGCUGUCCCCUCUGCUGGCAGGACCCUACCUCUAAGAGCAAAGCAGUGGAUUGUGAAAGCGGCUAUCCCUAGUCUCCAUUGGCUAUGAGCGGGUUGGGGCACAUGUGCAGGAGGAGCCUGCGGGAUGAGGGGGAGAGCCUGGUUGCUUCAUAUGCUGGUGGUUUUCAGGGCUAUAGAAGUUGGAUUUUUAUUUUUUUAUUUUUUAUUUUUUUUGCAAGACUUUUGGCUUUGAGGGAAAAACUCAUUUUAAAGGGCUUUUUGAAAACUUUGAGUAUCCUAGUUUUUCAAACAGUAUAUUCCCGUUUCUAAGACUAAACUGAGGAAUGGUAUGCAUCUAAUAUCAAACACUAGCAGAAAAAAUGAGAACUCGGUGUUUUGAGGUUCUCCUACCCCUUCCAGCAUUUCCUGGACUAGAUGAAUGGCUGUUUACCUGCUGGCUCACUUAGUACAUUCCUGGGACAGCCUGUGUGCCCAGGCUUUUUAUUAUUUUUAAACAUUAUUGUUCUUACUAAGAGGUGCCUUCCUAGAAUGAUAGCCGCUUAGUAAAAUAGCUUUUAACUGUUACAUACCACACAGUGAUUGCAGAUUUAGUGGAGGAAUAAAUUCUGAGCCUCUCUAAGGUGGGGCUAAGGGACAAAUGAAUAAUAAGCUCUUGGAUUUUUUUUAGCCAAUGCGAGUAACCCUUUCACUCUGUUUUUUUGAACUGCAUCUAAAAGUUCUCUUCCACUCAGCUUUGCAUACACUGCAAUAAACCCAGGAGGAAGGUCGGAAAUCCAGACUUUAGGCUAAAAUAAGUGGAAAUGCAAAAGCCACAUUCACUGCUGCUUCUCAAAGGUAGUGUGUGACAGGACCCCCCUCCUCUGAAAGGAUGACCUUAGCCCUUCUUGCUCAGGACUGGCUCACCAGCUGAGAGGAGGACCAACAGGAAGAAAAUUCAAAUUAGAACCCAGCACUCUACCCCUUUUUCUGGCCUUUCUUCUAUUCAUAAGACCUGGGGCUGUUAAUGGCAUUAUGAUUUUAAUGUUUAUUUUGACCUUUGUCACAUCCCCAUUUCUUUAGCUUUUAAGCCAGCUUCUUUUGGCUUUUCUCCAUAUGUUCACCAAGCUUAAAUUUAAAAUAGGACCAGGUUUCUCCCUCUGUAAAUGGAUUAUAAACAUUUCCCCAAAUCAUAGCAAUACUCUGGCUUUCAGGAAUGACUUCAUAGAAAUCCAUUGUUAGCAGAGGGUGUCCCUGGAUUUCAUUCUCUGAAAAUGUCGGGGAAUCUGAGAGAAGAUGAACUUCUAUGAAAUAGCAACACACGUACCCCCUUUAUCUUCUAGUGUGUGCAUCAUUAAGCUAAUUGUCUUCCCUACCUAAUGAAUCAUCUUAGUUUUUAUGAUUUGUUCCGCAUGUAUUUUUAUUGUAGAAAUGUUUAUAUAACAUGCUUUCCAUAUCAGGGAAAAUCAUAUCUGUUUAAUAAAUUGGCUAUAACUUUAAUAUCUGUGGACAACUUGUAUAAUUUGGAAUGUAUCAUAUGUAAAAAGUUUAAAGAUAUCCAAAUAAAUGCUUUAGGUGUUGACAUUACUUUGGGUCUGCCUACAUUUUCUUUCCAUUUUGUUUCACACAUUUAAGUGCCAUGGAAAUGUUCCCCGUGUCACCUUGCUACAAGUAAAGUGGGACAUCUGUAUUAGCUUGAAAAUUAAGAUGCUUAUAUUAUUAGUGUCAAUUAUGGCCAUUAGCCAAACCAUCUUGACCUUCCCAGAAAUAGCUGGGUCAUCAUUUCAGCUGAUUAAUCUUCAUAUUCAUUGGCUAUGACAGCUCGUGACCUUCUGAACCAUUUUGGACCUCAAAUCACUGGGGUAACAGAGCACUCAAAGUCCCUCCCAGCAACAAGACCUGUCUCCAGGUUUAUACUCUUGCUCUUUCUUCCCUGGUAAUCUCCAGGUCCUUGUUCUUACACACUCCUCAGAUACUCUGUGCUUAUGAGAGACACAUGUAGGAAGGAAACUAUAUCCUUUAUUUACGGGAGAGUUAUUGCCUAUAAGAGCUCUGCUGUGCUUUUCAAAAUCAUCUUAAAAUAGAAGGUAUAAACUAAGAAAGCAAGGUUUCCAUGUGCUUUCCCUAUCUCCCGGCCUUUCAUGCUACUCCCGGCUUACUCCCUUCCCUGGUCCUAAUGUUAGCAUUACACCUCUGACUCAUUAAGCCCUCUGACACUUUCCUUGCUCUGUCCUUACUCUUGUUUUUUUAAGUCAAGUUUACUAAGGUUUAUUUUACACAUAGUAAAAUUCACCCUAAUUUUUACUGGACAGUUAACGCAUUUUAACAAAUGCAUACAGUUGUUUAACAAACACUGCAAUCAAAUAGAACAGUCCUAUCUCCCCACGAAGCUCCCUCAGUUCCCUUUGUGGUCCCCUUCUUCCCCCACCCUCACCCUGGGCAACCACUAAUCUGUCCCUUUGUUUUGCCUCUUCCAGAAUGUUGUAUAAAUAUAUAUCACAUGUAGCCUUUUGAGACUGGCUUCUCUCACUAAGAAGACUAAUGCAUUGGAGAAUCAUCCGUGUUCCUUUUGGUUGCUGAGCCGCGUUCCGUUGUGCAGAUGUUUAUGCAGUUACCAGAUGGAGUGUCUCCUGCCUCAUGUGCAUGCUGUGACAUGUCAGUAGGUAUAGAGCACGGUACGUGGUGCAGAGAAAGGAUGAAUAGAUGUGUCAGCCAUAAUUGGUUAUUAAUGUGGUUCCUUCACCUCUCCAGGCCUCAGCUUCCUCAUCUGUAAAAUGGAGUUGACAUGAGGAUCAUAUGAAGGGAUGCAUGUAAAAAGUCUUAGAAGAGUGGCCGGUACACAAAUUCCUUUAAUGGUAUUUUAAUAAUGAAAUGAAAAUAACAAAAGUAUGCGAUUAAAAAAAUAAUGAAGGAACCAAAGAGAUCAUCUCCCUGGACCUCUCAACCAAGGAGGAAUGAAGCACAG